AUGGAAGGUCAAGCGGAUGAUAUUGAAGCAAUGGUGGCUUUUCGGGGGCGGAAACGGUGCUUGAGUACUGCUCGGGAAAUUCUUGUGACCGGCGUUGAGGCCUCGGCUUGGCUUAGGAGCGGGACUCUGCGAGCGGCGCCAAGAGCACCCGCCUCCCCCUCAACUGAAACAUCAGAUUCACAGGUGACCCUUGGCGCCAAGGGCACCUCUCAGAGUCCUCUCCAUCACGAGGCGCCAUUUUCGGGCGAGCCUCGGGUUGGCAAACAUCAUUUGCAUACCCUAUGA